AUGGACGACGACGUGAUUUCGAUAGCGUCGUCGAGUGGUUCUGAAGGGGGUGAGGGAACAAAUCGGCGUGCAACACUUGACCCUAUUAUUAGGCGCGUCGUCGAUGCACUGGGUGGUCUCGAAGAUGGUGUGUACCGCAUGGGAGACGAGGUUAUGGGAUGCUUGAGGGAUCUAAAGAAACUAUGGCGACUCGACGACUCGGACGACGAACGUACCGUUGCCCGUAUCUUCUGGGAGACAAGAGUGCUGUCUAAUGACCUGAUACCCAUCCUUCUCGCCACUGCUGGCAAAGGGCUCGUCGAAGACAAACGAGCCAUUGCGUGCGCGGACUUGAUGACUGCGAUGACCUGGCCCAUCGACAUGGCAGAGGAACUGAAGGAGCUGGACGACGCGCGCGACAAGGGGACGGACUAUACCGAGCUGACUUUCAGUCACCUCAACUACAAGGCAGCACUCCUCAAACCAGGCGUGAUGCAGGCACUAUUCGGUAUUAUGCUCCCUCCCCUAUCGAAGCCCGUCAAGGAAAGAAACGAACGGGAUGGCCAGGUCGUCAAUGUGAUUUUGCACCUCAUACGCAACCUUGCGUUCAUCAAGGACCUGCCAGUCAACCUGCACCUCAGCGGAGACCAGGCUGAGUAUUCCUCUCUCCAAACCAAGCUCGUCAAGGCAUACUCUGAAACGAACGUGCUGGAUCUUCUUCUGACCAUCGCUUCCAACAACGAUAACGAUCCAUUAUUCAAUUCAUUUAACACCUUGGUUCUGGAAAUCUUCUAUCUGUUGUUCAGGGGUCUUAAACCAUCGACACUGGUGAUCGAUCAGACAAAGCAACCAACACAAGAUCUUAGACGCCUCCUGGCCGCGGAGGACAAACAGAAGAAGGACGUCGCUCGAUAUGCGUCCUCCCGGCAUUCACGAUUUGGCACGACGCUUACUGUGCAACUGAACCCGAAAAGGAAAACGCGGGAUGCAACCCAGGAGGUGUCUGAAGAGCCUCAAGGCCCUGCAUCUGCACGGCCGUUGGUCCUUCAUCGCCAGGCAGCAAUUAGCAAGGAAUCCGGUGAUGUGCUGGAUAUAGCGAAACAGAACAGAUGGAAGAAGACCAACAAAGUUGACGAAUUGACCCGCGAAGAUGACCUAUCGACGGAAGCAAGGAUGGUCCUGCAGGGCUUCGCUAGGGAAUUCGUAGAGUCCUGCUUCAAUCCCUUCCUGGCCUCCCUCCUUCAGGACAUCAAACACGAACGACCGAAGAUUACAGAAAAGGAUCAUCUCCGACUCUUGUAUACCACCAAAUGGUUACUGGAAUUCUUCCUUGUGUCUAGAUCAAGGGAAAAUGCAGUGGAUGGAUCUAGGAAGUGGAGCCUUGGUUUGGUUGCCGAAGUCACAGACAGGAGUUGGAUAGUCUGGGUUCUCAGACGCAUGCGAGAUGCUAUGGAUGAAAAGCCCAAAAUGUGGACCGAAUUACAGGCGGGUAUCGAAUGCCUAACGCAGCUCCUUCUCCUGAUCGACACCAUGUCUUCGUCGGUAAUUUCCGAUUCCAAUCUCGAUGAAGCCGCGCGGCUGCUCCAACAACAACUUAUCUAUAACGGCGACGUUCUGGACAUCGCACUGGACAGUCUGCGGUCUUUCAAGGAAGGCACGCAGUCGCUUGCCUAUCUGAAUGCCAGCGUGUACCUAGCUUACGCGCUUCUCCGCAUGCUCGAGAAAUGGGGGAAGCAGAAUAGCAGUGCAAUGUAUGUGAGAAAGAAGAAAGUCAGCAAGAAGAAAGGGAAAGGCAAGUUCAGAUCCGACGACACCGUGCUUGAUGUCGAAGAAGAGGCGGUAGACGAAGACAGCACAGAAGAAGUGAUACACGAGACAAUGUUCACCUUUGAAGCCUUCGAGAUGAAAUUCGCGCACUCUGAUGUCACUCGGACGCUAUUGGCUUAUCUUUCACGAUACAAGGAGUUUGAUACCCCUGAACUCAUGACGAGGGUUGUGAAUCUAAUGCAUAGGCAAGCUGUGAAGGUGAAAGCUGAGGGGCUCUACUUCAAUGUCUCAACACUCCAGCUCUUCAAGACAAUUCUCGAUGAUCAACGAUCGCUCCCGAAGGACAAGCCCUACAAGGACCUGGUAUCGCUACUGACCUUCAUCCUACGGAAAUUCUUCAAAGCCCUAGAUGAGGAGCCGUUCCUCGCGAUGGAGGCACUGUUCCCUAUGAACCGCGGACACUGGAAGCAGUACUCGAGCUGGGAACCGGAACGGAAAUCAGCCCGCAUACGCGAGGCAACCGAAGAGAACAGAAAUUUCUCCACGGAAGUGCAAGUCAAGAAAGGAUAUUCUUGGAGCGAACAACUUGGUAUCGCCGUUGCCGCACUCGUAGAGGACGGGAAAACUGAACUGGUGGAGUGGGUGAAAGACAUUCUCGUGCUGGUCAUUCGCCAGCGCCAACGGGUCGUUGAGGAAACGGAUCAGAAGGACAGAGAUGAUGAUGAUAGAAAUGCGGAAGAUGCUCGAGAGCAGCAACCCAUUGAGCCCUCCAAGGAGGCAAUAUCCAAGUUCGUGGACUACGCCAUUCCUUACAUCAACGACGAGCAUGCGGACGCGGCGACCAAGAAUCCCACGCUGAAACUCAUGUUCCGCUUGCUGGGCUUCACCAUCGAAGCAGAAGAUGCGGAGGAACUACAAUGGGUCGUUCCGGCCAAAAUUGUUCCCUCUAUCCUCCAGAACGGGCACAACAGCAGUCGACCAGGAAAGAAAGCCAGCGAGUUGAUAACCAAGAAAACAAGGAGGCGUCAGAGAAGACGAUCGCCGACUCCAAUCACAGAUGCUGAACUUCCCGAUGACGAGCCCAAGCGCAGAAAGGCGAAAAAGAAACGGGAAGAGAAAUCCUACAAAUCAGCCCAGUUCAUUGAAGACAGCGACAAGGAAUGCGGAGAUAUGGAGGCCUUCCUCGAAAAAGAGAAAGUUCUGCGUGAACGAACCGCCAAGGCUGCCGAGGAGAGCGGACGAAUUGCGACGAUGCGAGCAACCGGGACGAAGAAGCGGCGCAAGAAGGCGAAAGACGACUCCGGGUCUAAGCGAGCACACACAGCUAGCCUGGGUUCAGGAGGAAACCAUUAUGGAGAGUCGGCGGUCAGCGUGGACUCUGACGAUAGUGGUAUGGCAUCGGAUGAGGAUCCGAUCUUGAGAUCCCUGCGCAGUAGCCGGUCACCCACACCCCCGCCGCGGUCUCCCCGUCCCAAGCCCCGGCUUGUCCAGAAGAAAACCAGUGAAUCACAGGCGAUCCGUAUUUCAAGUGACUCAGAUCAAGAACCGUUGGCGCAACAGCCCCCAGCUGGUUCGCGAACUCAACCAAAACGUCGCCUUGUACUGUCAGAUGAUGAGAUGUAA